AAAAGAUAAAGGAGAAAAAAAGCGUUAAUAGUACUCUUUGUCCAUUUCGAUACGCCAUAGUUAGUAUAAACUUCCUCCAGUCAGAAUUAAUCUAAACAUAACUCAAGAAAGCUGUCAUUCAUUUUGACGUUUUUGCCUAGGAUAUCUUAGUCCCGCAAGUUUACAUCUAACUAAAAUGCUUGGUGCAGUAUUUCAAAAUUAAAAUAUUUGCUUGAAUCGAGGCUUCUCUCGUUGAACGACAACAAAUACUUUACAGAAGAAUCCCUACUCUUGACCAAUCAGCGAUGAAAGGGGCAUAGACUUCGGCUCUGAACUUCGCCUUGCCUCUCGGAAAAAUCCCGUGUGCCCGAACUGCCGAAAAACACCUCACAGAUUUUCAAAACGAACAAAAACUUCACAAAAUGUCGUCAUGAUAUUUGCACGAAGUCUUCCGAACUGUUUUGGAUGGGAAGCAUGCGGACGCUGAAGCAUCUGUGGUUGCAACCCAGUCUAUAUUGGAUUGUUGGUUAGGGACGUCCCAAUGAGCCCGAGUAAGCACUAACCAUUUCAUCUGUCGCACUGCUAACGUUACCUGCUUGAGAGUGACUUUCAACCGUUUGCUAGAUGUUGGACAUUAACUUUCACCACGUGGCAUCGUCUGUAUUUUUCAUGCAAAUGUGACAAACUCUACUAAUUUAAUUUUAGUGUUUGUGACCACUCGCAGUGGCCAUACAUAUACUUAUGUACAUUAUUUUUUUGGCUCGCUGCCUAAAGGGGUGCGGCUGUCCGAGACUGUAAACAAUACGUGUACGCCGCCAACCUGUACGGGUGAACCAGGGAACAUACAAAACUACAGAGAAGAGGGACUCGCCCUGGACCCUCUGGCCACCUCGGAGAGUCAGAAUCCACCACAGUUCAGCAGCGGCCCUCUGACUUGGAAUAACAGCUAGCUAGCAAGGCAACCCAACUAAUUGAAAACGUUGCAAAUACCGCCAGACAGAGGAAGUUGUUGGAGGAUUAUCAAGGCACGCAUAUUUUCAUCGAGUAGUCUCUGUACACCCUUGAUCAGAUUAGGUAAAUCGCCGCAGGACUGUCUUUGUCCACACUCAUGUACUGUAAAUGCACUGCAGUAAAUGUUUUUUUUAUAAGCCCUCAACUCUUUACGAAACAUUGAAAAGGUGUGAUUGAUGGCCCAGUACUCAUCACACACACCCCUACAAGCCACCAUGGAGGAUGACCUGAUGUUUAGUAUGGAGGAGGUGGGCAGUGCUCAGCAUAAUCCAAGGAAACAGAGAACCCCAGGUCAACAUGCUCCAUCCCUUAGUGAAGCUAAUGAUAGCGGUGAGGACGACUACUACAUCUGUCCCAUCACAGACGACCCUGUCAGCCAGGCCAAAGACAUCUGUGGCUAUCUGAAGAACCUGGUCCACAGCAAUCAGCUGUCCAACUCUCCCCAAAACUCCUUCAUGUACAAGGAUGAAACAGAGAAGGAAACUCCACAACAACGGUCAGUCGAGUUUGGGGCGUUAUCUGACAAUGGACGGCAGAUGUCUAGUUCGGAUUUGCUGUACUUGACGCACAUGUGCUUUGCAAGGCUGCAGAAAGGUUUCAGCAUGGAGGCAGUGUGGAAUAGAGCCUUAGAGAAGGCCAAGGCCAUGCCUGAUCUCUGGGCUGAGUUUCACCUGGAGGAAGUCAAGACAGAGCCAUGCAUACGAUACAGGUACAAGGCUAUCACAGCGGAGUGGUCUCAAGACACAGUGCACAUCAAGAUGUCUGGCCAGCCCUUUGGACGCGGUGCCAUGAGGGAAUGCUUCAGAACGAAGAAGCUGUCUAACUUCUCCCACAGUAGUAACUGGAAGAGUGCGUGUAACUAUGUGACAAAGCGCUACAUGGAGCCUGUGGACAGGGAUGUGUACUUUGAGGAUGUCAGGCUGCAGAUGGAGGCCAAACUCUGGGGAGAAGAGUACAACCGCCACAGGCCACCCAAACAGGUGGACAUCAUGCAGAUGUGUGUGAUUGAGAUGAUGCAGCGUCCAGGUAAACCUCUGUACCACCUGGAACACUACAUCGAGGGGAAGUACACAAAAUACAACUCCAACUCCGGCUUCGUCAAGGAUGACAACAUCAGGCUCACUCCACAGGCAUUUAGUCACUUCUCAUUUGAGCGUUCGGCCCACCAGCUGAUCGUGGUGGACAUCCAGGGGGUGGGGGACCUCUACACGGACCCCCAGAUCCACACAGAGAAGGGCAAAGGCUUUGGAAAUGGAAACCUGGGUGUGCGGGGCAUGGCGCUGUUCUUCCACUCCCACCUGUGUAAUAAGAUCUGUAAGAGUAUGGGCCUCACACCCUUUGACCUCUCCACUGCAGAGAAAAGCCAGCUGGACUGCACCAACAGACUGCUGAGGUCGGCCCAGACGGUACUGAGGGGUAGUGAGGAACAGUGUGGUUCAGCUCGUGUUCGUACCAUCUCACUGGGCCGUGCGCCCCCACUUCUCUCCCGUCUGUCAGAGACCCUGACUGGGGACAACACUAUAAGUGACUCCAUCCCCUGCUCGCCCCUCGCCUUCCCUGGCUCCCCCCUAGGACAGCACUUCUCUAUGGGCUCCAUGGGAAAGUCUCCUCUGGAUUGGUCUUUUGUAAAUGAGAUGGAUGAACGGGAGAAACACAACAACCGCAGCCACAGCCCAGAACACAAGGACUCAGAGAAUGGAGGAGAUAGUGGGUGUCCAAGUGAGAGGAGGAGUGAAGGGGACCCCAACGACGGGGGACAUUACUCUUCUCUACACCAACACUCAGUCUUGCUGACAGAUGAGAAAUGGAGUGUCUACCACACUUCUCGUUCUCACGUCCACCGGCCAUCCUGUGUUGCUGUGGAGGUGGAGAGACUCGACUCCAUGAUCCUGGAGAGGAAGACCGGGAAGUCCAUCCUGGGGAAAGUCCACCUGGCGAUGGUGAAUUACCAUGAGGGUGGUCGGUUCUGUGAAAAGGAGGAACAGUGGGACCAGGACUCAGCCAUGUACCACCUGGAGACGGCAGCCAUGUGUGGGGAACUAGAGGCUAUCAUUGCCCUGGGACAGUGUUACCUACAGCUGCCACACCAUAUACUGUCAGAGAUUGAGCUAGAGGACAACUCAGGGAGCCGUAUGAAGGGUUUCAAAUUCCUGCUGCAGGCUGCUGAGGCAGGAGACAGACCCUGUAUGAUCCUGGUGGCCAGGGCCUUCGACACCGGCAUCAUCCUCUCACCAGACAGGUCCCAGGACUGGAAGGAGGCGGUGAGCUGGUACAACUGUGCCCUGAACAUGACGGACUACGACGAGGUUGGCGAGUUUGACGGCAUGCAGGACAAGCCUCUCUACCUGCUGCUGGCCAGAGAGGCUGAGAUGUACCAGAAGGGGGGCCAUGGCCUGGACCGAGACCCACAGAGAGCAGGUGAUCUGUUCACAGAGGCAGCAGACGCAGCCAUGGAAGCAAUGAAAGGCCGACUGGCCAACCAGUACUAUAUGAAAGCAGAGGAGGCCUGGGGCAUGAUGGAGGAAGAGGAGUAGGAGACAGAGAGGACGUCACUCUGCAAGGCCAAAGGAAUCAGCUAAUGUAGUGAUGGAUACUUCUCCCUAAUGUUUUAAAGUUUACAGACACUUUUACUGUGAUUUCCUAAAUGCAGUGUGAGUGUAUGAUCUGUGUGUGACCAUUUAUGGAGCUGUCCUCUGGCCUAACUGUGUUUCUUGGUGAUAACUGAAGGAAUUGUCUUUAUUUUACACUUUCUGUUUGGAACUGGUCUUUGUCUUUUCAUCUAUUUUCCCCUUUUCUAUUCCUGUCUCCAUUGCCCUUUUGGAUAUACAGUGUAUUCAGACCUCUUGACUUUUUCCACAUUUUGUUACGUUACAGCCUUAUUCUAAAAUGUAUUAUUUUAUUUGUUUCUUCUCAUCAAUCUACACACAAAACCCCAUAACA